AUGGCCGAAGACGGAUUGGUGCAGAUCCUGGCACUCCUUGUGUUGGACACAGACGGUGGGCGUUUGGCCGUCAAGUACAAUUCGUACGCGCGAAAGGAACUUUGGCCAACUGUCAAGCAGCAAGUUGCCUUCGAAAAGAGAGUCAUCAACAAACUGCCGAAGCCCUCGGCGACUCGGAGCGAUGUGGAUGUGGCGGUGAUUGAUGACUACACAGUGAUUUUUCAGGCCUGCAAUGACGUGGUCGUGGCCGCGGUAGCUGCAUCCAGCGAAAAUGAGCUUGUGAUGUUGGAGCUUGCGGAAGGCAUGUACAAUGCCCUCUCGAAUGCAUGCCAAAGUCAAAGCUUUUUGUCAUCAGGUCUGACAAAGCAGCUUGUGCUGGAUAGUCUUUCCGAUGUUCUCUUCAUCCUGGACGAGGUCACCGACAAUGGUGUCAUCAUGGAGACGGAUGACGAGAAGAUCUCAGCACGAAUCAAGAUGAUUGACGAGACAGAAGUCACCCAGAGUGCCCAGGCCGAACAGAUGUUCCAGAAAGCGACUCAAAGUGCAAAGCAGAAACUGCUUGGUUCGCUGAUGGGCAGUCGGGGGGACCUGAUGCGACCUCAAGAGAGGAGCAAAGAUGCCUCUGCCGAUGGCACAGCGGCGGUGAUUCCAGAAUUCAUAGAUCCGGACGAGGCUGUCGUGAGCGGAUGGUUUGCCGACUACAAGUCUACCUCUGACGAUGGUGGAGGCGACGCAAUGUCCUGGCUUGCCGCAGUUGCGUCUCGACCGCACAGGUCUGAGAGACUCGGUGUUGGUGCGAGUCCACCCGCCAAGGAGGAUCGUGCCAAAGAAAUGCAACCUCUGGGCAAGGCAGCUCGCAAAGCCAUCAGCAGAAGGCUUCGCCGGGAGCAGGAAGAGGCGGAGUAUGCAGCUAAAGACGCAAACGCCGUCAUCCACGCCGCUCCUGACCCUUUUGCUGCCAUGCUCGAGCAAGACGUAGACAUCACCCUAAAGGUGAUUGUUGUGGGAAAUGGGCAGGUGGGCAAGACCUCCAUGAUCACGCGAUUUGCAAAAGGCAUUUUCACUAACGAAUACAAAAAGACGAUCGGUGUUGACUUUUUGGAGAAGAGGACGUUUUUGAAGGAUGUGGGUGAGGAGGUUACCUACCUUCUGUGGGACACAGCCGGGCAGGAGGAGUAUGAUGCCAUCACUAGGGCAUACUACAAGGGUGCGGGUGCGUGUAUAUUGGCCUUCUCUACCACGGACCGGGACUCUUUUGAUGCCAUCGAGUCCUGGUACAAGAAAGUCCACGACGAGUGUGGCAACCUCGUGAUGGUGCUUGUGCAAAACAAGGUGGACCUCCUAGAUGAAGCAGUGGUAGAAGCAAAGGAGGUUGAGACGAUAGCAAAGAAGCUGCGUCUCAAGCUCUACAGGACGUGCGUCAAAGAUGACCUUAACGUCAGCGAAGUUUUCACCCACCUGGGCAACGAGUUCGUAAAGAACGGGGGCGAGGCAUCAGUGGGCAGAGCGGGCAUGAUGUCGAUAGAGGAGGUUGCGUCGAAGCCGAUGGCAGAAAGAAGUGCAGCUGCCAAGGCGGGAGGCGCAGCCCCAGCGGAAGAUGCUGCGGGCGACCAGCCCUUCAAGCUGUCGAAUGGGAAGCCAUCCGUGCAGCGAACCGGACGCCUGGCGCUGGAGAAGUUCGGAGGGGUGAAGGGCGCUAGCAGUGUCGAGCCCCCGGAGGAGAGAGGAGGCCGGUCCUCCAGCGCUGCUCCCCGAAACGCGGCAGCGGCUUCGCGAGGAGCCGUGGGAAGCAGAGGAGGAGAGGGUUGCCCGUACCAACGCUCAGAGAUGGUGACAUUCCGCAGCAGCAACGCCGCACUGACACAGCAGCACCGCCGCACUAGCAUAUGUUAA